AUGAAAGGUGUUCAUUUCCAUGUAGCAUUUGUCCUGUUGGCUCUGGCUGUCAUAUUUGCCUUUGCCUCUGAUCCCAGCCCUCUUCAGGACUUCUGUGUAGCAAUUAAUAAUACCAACGAUGGUGGUAUGUUCUUUAAUUCUCUCUCCGACUUCUUUGGAAUUGUUAAUAUUUUUCUUUCCGUUUUAGCAGUUUUUGUUAAUGGCAAGUUUUGCAAGGACCCAAAGCUCGCCACCGCAAAUGACUUCUUUUUUCCGGGGCUCAACAUUCCAGGAAAUACAGCAAAUCAACUAGGAUCAAAAGUCACUCCAGUCACUGUUGAACAAAUACUAGGACUUAACACUCUUGGCAUAUCUCUCGCUCGACUUGACUUUGCACCCUAUGGUGGCCUAAAUCCCCCUCACACUCAUCCUAGAGCCACGGAAAUCCUAGUCGUUUUGGAGGGCACGCUCUACGUUGGCUUUGUUACAUCCAACCCGGAUAAUCGUCUCAUCACCAAAGUCCUAUACCCUGGAGAUGUUUUCGUUUUCCCAAUCGGCCUCAUUCACUUCCAGUUCAACAUAGGGAACACCAAUGCUGUUGCCUUUUCUGGUCUUAGCAGCCAAAACCCAGGGCUUAUCCCCAUUGCAAACGCAGUCUUUGGCUCAAACCCUCCCAUCAAUCCUGAUGUUCUUGCCAAGGCCUUCCAGUUGGACAAAACUGUGGUUACCUAUCUUCAAUCCCGACUCUAGUGAGAUAACAACUGGAGGAAAAUUUACAUCCAUGA